AUGACUGAGGAGGACGCUGAGCAGGAGGGCUGCAGGAGUGGGGCGGGUGGAGGUUUGCCCGGUGCUGCAGCGGUCAUGUCAGUGGGGGAACCAGAGGCCUGUGUGGUCCACCCAACCCCACCGCAGAGGAAACUACACCCACCUCAUCACUCAAUCAUCUACCACACUACGCCCCCCACACCAGACAGGGCCCCCGUGCAUGCACCCACCCACAACCCUGGCGACACACCAGACAGGGCCCGAGCCCCCAGGACCCAGCCAGAGCCCCAGCCCGGAGGUGGAGCACUCCCAGAACCCCAGAACCCCAAGCCCCCACGCCCGCCCCAGACCACCCAGGGGCAGCUAGGCCACUGUGCCAGUGACCCAUGUCUGCCAACGCAAACCCACCCCAGCCCUGCUGCACGCAGCCACCAGGAAAACACCACCUACGAGUUACCAGAGCCCCCACCAGAACAUGACCAUGGGCCCCAGGCGGUCCUCUCCAGAGGAAAUUUUCAGAACAAACCCAACGAGUCUUUGCUCUGUCUGCCCUUAGGUUCAGCCAAUAAGCUGGUGUGCCAAAUGACCAACUGGGCCCAGUACAGACCAAGUGCUGGCAAAUUCACACCAGAUAACAUCGAUCCCUUCCUGUGCACCCAUGUCAUCUAUGCUCUGGCCACCAUUAACAGCGUCAACCAGAUCAUCCCCGUUGAGCAGAAUGAUGAGGAGCUGUACGGGAGCCUGAACAGCCUAAAGAAUGUCAACCCUGCACUGAAGACUCUGCUGACUGUUGGAGGAACAGUUAAUGGAGUGAGCCCAUUCAUUGCUAUGGUUUCCACUUCUGAGAAUCGUGCACUCUUUAUCAAGUCUGCCAUCAAUUUCCUGCACGCCCAUAACUUUGACGGGAUAAACCUGGACUGGGAAUAUCCUGGACACAAUGGUAGCCCAGAAGGGGACAAGGAGAAGUUCACUCUAUUGGUCACGGAGCUUGUAAAAGCAUUCGAGGCUGAUGCCGUAGAAAACAAGAGAACUCAGCUGCUUCUAUCGGCCAAUGUUGCUGCAAUUCCUCAGACCGUUGAUAGAUCAUAUGAGGUCGCCAAGAUUGCACCACACUUUGACUUUAUCAACAUCAUGACCUAUGACUACCAUGGUCACUGGGAUCCAGUAACUGGACACAACAGCCCACUGUAUGAGAGCGCUGUGGACUCUGGCGUACAACUUGAUUACAACAUAGACUCUUCUAUAGCCCACUGGGUAUCUCUGGGAGCACCAUCUGAAAAGCUGCUGCUAGGUUUCCCUACUUAUGGAAGGACCUUCCGUCUUAGCAGUGGGGCAAAUGGCCUGGGAGCACCAGCCAAUGGGCCCGCAGAUGCUGGACCCUACACUCGCACUGCAGGUUUCUGGGCCUUCUAUGAGAUCUGUGACUUCACUAAUACUGCUAAUCUUGGAUGGAUCUCUGAGCAAGAGGUUCCAUAUGCCACCUAUGGGAGUUCCUGGUUGGGCUAUGAUGACCAGCGCAGCUAUUCUUCCAAGGUCCAGUGGCUGACUGCCCACAAUUUGGGAGGUGCUCAUGUGUGGACUAUGGAUAUGGAUGACUUCAGUGGAUCUUUCUGCUCAGCUGGAGCUUAUCCUCUCAUCAACCACCUCAGGAUUUCAAUGGGCUUUGGUCCAAAGCCUACCACUACACCACGCCCUACCACAACUAAGGAUCCUGCUGCUGACUUCUGCUUUGGCCGUCCUGAUGGGUUGUAUGAAAACACAGCUGACAAAACCACCUACUUCCAGUGCUUCCAAGGAAACACCUACCUGCACCAUUGCCAGCCUGGUCUCAUCUACUGGGACUCCUGCAAGUGCUGCAACUGGCCCUGAG